ACAUAGGAGAGGAGGAGAGUGUGUGUCUGUGCGUCGAUUAUGACUGAAAUUAGAGGCAGAGAAAGAAAAAAUGGGUGAAAGAAGGAAAGAAGAAGAUGGGAAGAAAACAAAGAUGGAGUGGCCGCCAAUCAAACCCAAGUCUAAUCUCAAGAUUACUCGCCUCAAAGACACUGAUCUCUUUACGGUGCAGGAUUUCUUCACUUCUGUUGAGUCGAAGGCAUUCACUAAAGCUGCUGAGUCACUUGGGUUUGCUCACCAAGGGAGCCUUGGCCCAACAAAAGGCGAAGCAUACAGAGACAAUGAUCGUGUUUCUGUGAAUGAUCCAGUUCUUGCAAAUACAAUAUGGGAAUCUGGACUCAACAAAUUAUUUUGUGAUUUUAAGAUACGAGGCAAAGUUGCUGUUGGGUUGAAUCCGAAUAUCAGACUCUACCGGUAUAAGGUUGGUCAGCAUUUUGGACGGCAUAUUGAUGAGAGCGUUGAUCUUGGAGAUGGAAAGCAUACCCAUUAUACUUUGUUGAUAUAUUUAAGUGGUGGUUUCAAACCCAAAUCAAAAAGUGAUAAGAGCAACCCUCAGGAUUCUUCUGAGCUUCUAGUUGGAGGGGAGACUGUCUUCUAUGGUCCCAGAAAUGGUGUUGUAGCUGAGGUAUCUCCUGUGGAAGGUAUGGCUCUGCUUCACAUUCAUGGUGAUAAGUGUAUGCUGCAUGAAGCCCGGAAUGUUUCUAAGGGUGUUAAGUAUGUGUUACGAUCAGAUGUAACUUUUGCUUGAUCAACCUUAUGUAGAUCCUGCAUCCUUUGAAGCAGGUUCUAAACAUGUCAUAUGCCAGAGGCAGCUCCAUUUGUAUUUUGAUUUCUGCUUUUGGUUCAGGAUUUUCAGAGGUUCUCCAUCAGUUCGAUUACUGGUAUUAGCCUCCAUGAUGUCCAGCAUUCAGCAUCAUUUUGCAGGCAAUCCCAACCUUCACCCACACACAUUCUGGUGUUGACUGUUGUAUUUGUAACUAUGAAUUUUACGUCUCAGAAUCCCAGAUAUCAAUUUCUGAGCAAACUGAUUAUUGGGCUCAGAAACCCCAGGACUGGGAGUUUUAGGAUCACUGCUAUUGUAAUGACAAGUUAUGUAAUAUACAGCGAAAAUAUAUCAAUUUCUGACUAAA